AUGGCUUUCAUGAAUACCACCUCCAGCAUUGCUAUGGCCCUUGCUGGCAAGACGGCCUCUGUCGAUAUUCCCAAGCCGCGCUCCGGUUUUACCCCGGGCGGUCGUGACUUCGCUCGUCCGGGGCAUCCUGCCAUGUUGCCUACUCCGCCCAACUCCAUUUCCCCCACUUUGCCUCCGCAGGGCUUCAGACGCCAGGGCGCUAAUCACCCUGGAUACUCCCCGCUGAGCUCCUCGCAUGUGGAGUCCGAUGUUGACCUCGGAGAUGCCGCCGAUCAUACGAACAACUCGCAUGAAGCCCGUCCGUCGGCUCAGGACCUGGACAGCACUGGGGCUAUCACGCCGGGAAUGUUGGCCAAAUGCCAUCUCCCGGAGAUCAUGCUGCAGCAUGGCCCUUUGGCUAUUCGCCAUUUGAUGGGUUAUUUGACUACUAGCGUCCCUGGAUUCUCAGGCAUCCCGCCUGCCAAAGCACGCAGGCUGGUGGUCGCUGCGCUGGAAGGCCGAGGGAGCGAAGACAAGAAUGGUGGCCGUGAUGGUGAUGUUAUCUUCGAGAAGGUUGGCUGGGGACGCUGGGAUGCUCGCCGUCGUGGUGAGCCUUUGCGGGAUGCACAACACCUCAACGUGUCGCCACCCUCCAGUAUCUCCAACUCUUUCCCGCAACGGGGCAUGCAGAUCCCUACAAAGCGGGGAAGCAUUCAGCCCUAUGGCAGUAGCGUUACUGGCGACUCCGCUGUCUUCUCCUACUCGGAGAUGGACUACGGUGGACAUGAUAUCAGCAUGCUGGAACAUGAGGCUGACAAGAUGUCACUCGACGGAAACGAGCGCGAGUACUGCUCGUCGUCUGAGGCCCCGGACGACGAGAUGCAGGACGAAGACUGGGGCGAAGAAGACAUCACAGACGAGGAAGACUGGGCACAGAUAGGUGCUGAUGCGCUUCGCGCACGAUCAUUGAACGCCUCGGGAGGCUUCGUGAAUGGAACACAUAAUUCGCCACAGCUGCGCGGCGGAGGACCUGCUGCGUCGUCGCUGGCGAAGUCGGCACCGCGCAGAUUACCGGUUCAACAACACGGCUUCACCCUCCCGGAGGGUGUCAUGGGUGACCGGGAAGAGCGUGCCGCAGUUGAAGCCCUUCUCCGACUCGGAUCAAUGUAA